GCGAGUCAGCUGUGAGGAGAGCUGCUAGUUCAACAUCAUGAGUGAAGAUGAAGCCCAGCUUGUCACUGCCACCACCGCUGCUGCUCCUGGUCCUGCUGGCUGUUGCGGGGCUGAGCCGAGCCCAGGUGAAGACGUCUCUCCUGGACCUGACUAGCAUGAGGAGCGUCCUCCCCAAUCUCAGCCGCCCGGCAAACCUCAGCCGCAUCUUCUACGCAGUGAUGUUUGACGCAGGGAGCACGGGGACACGCAUCCACGUCUACACCUUCAUCCAGAGUGACUCAGAGGAGCUGCCUGUUUUGGACAAUGAGAUGUUCCAUUCCGUAAAGCCCGGUUUGUCGGCAUAUGCUGACUCCCCUGAAGUGGCUGGACACACAGUGAGGAUGUUGUUGAAGGUGGCCAAGAAGACUGUGCCUCGUCUGGAGUGGAAGAGGACUCCAGUGAUCCUCAGAGCCACAGCUGGACUUCGACUGCUGGCCCCAGAGAAAGCCCAGGCUCUUCUGGACCAGGUUCAACACGUGUUUGAUGAAUCUCCUUUUUUGGUUCCAGACAACAGCGUCAGCAUUAUGGACGGCACAAACGAAGGAAUCCUGGCUUGGAUAUCUGUGAACUUUCUGACAGGUCACCUGCAUCCACAAACCAAAAAGACAGUGGGAAUCUUGGAUUUGGGAGGUGGAUCUACACAGAUAACUUUCCUGCCAAAGCUGAGGAAAACCAUUGAUAGUGUUCCUGUCGGUGAUUACAUUGUCGGAUUUGACCUCUUGAACUCGUCAUUUGAAUUGUACACUCAUAGUUACCUGGGAAAUGGACUGAUGGCAGCUCGUCUGGCUGCACUGGGGGCUCUGGGUGCAGAAGGGUUGGAGUGGCGGGUGUUCAAAAGUUCCUGCCUGCCAAAGAAGUUUCAGGAUGAAUGGAGCUUUGGAGGGAUUACCUAUCAAGUGAGCGGAGACCCAGAUGGUUAUUCAGGAUACAAGCACUGUUAUCAGGAAGUACUUAAGGUGGUGAAGGGGAUUAUUCAUCAGCCGUAUGAGCUCGAAGACAGCAAUGUUUUCUAUGCAUUCUCCUAUUACUUUGACAGAGCUGUGGAUGCAGGCCUUAUCGACGGGGUCAAAGGAGGGAUGCUGGAGGUCAGAGAUUUCAAGAAGAGAGCUAAAGAAGUGUGCAAUAAGAUGACCAAGAACUCUGUCGGCAAUCCUUUCCUGUGCAUGGACUUGACCUACAUCACCUGUCUGCUCAAGGAUGGGUUCGGCUUUAAGGAGAACACCAUGCUGCAGUUGACCAAGAAAGUGAACAACGUGGAGGCAAGCUGGGCUCUGGGCGCCACGUUGGACCACUUCCACAACCUGAAGAUCCACUGAGGACGAGGGAGGCGGCGCUCAUUA